AGCCAUGAAAAGAGAAUCACGUUUCACUUGCACUUCCCUUCAUAAUUAUAACCUCCUAAUUGCCACCUUUCUUUCUGCCUAAUCAGUGUUCUCUUCUGCACUUUCUGUGCUUUGCACAUCCCACAAAGAUCCUCCUCUCCUUUCCAUGUGAAAUCUUUGAGAUUGCUCUAUCAAAAACCCUGAACCAGCAACCCACACAACUCUCGUCUCUGAAAUGACUAGCAUAUGUUUCAAGAAUUCUCUUCUGCUUCUCUGUUUUGUCUCGUUAUGUUCUUCUUCUUUGGUGUUCUCUCUCGAUGUUGAUGCUGAAAUUCUUAUCCGAGUCAAGAAUGCUAUGCUUGACGACCCCAAUGGAAAUCUCAGUGACUGGGUUGAAACCACUGACCAGAACCCUUGUAAGUGGACUGGCAUUACUUGUGAUUCUCAGAAUAAUCAAUCGGUUGUUUCAAUUGAUUUAUCUGGGUUUGGCAUAUCGGGGGGGUUCCCAACGGGAUUCUGUCGCAUUUGGACCCUCCAGAACCUUUCUCUGGCUGAUAAUUUCUUCAAUGGUACUCUCACUUAUCGCGCUGUGUCUCCAUGCUCACACCUUCAUGCAUUGAUUCUCGCCGGAAAUGUAUUCGUCGGUGAGUUGCCAGAUUUCUUGCAGGAUUUUGACAAUUUACUAGUUCUAGAUCUCUCCAGAAACAAUUUUACCGGUGAUAUUCCGGCUAGUUAUGGGAGGCUUCAGUCCUUAAAAGUUCUCUGUCUGGCUGCUAACUUGCUUAGUGGUUCAAUCCCAUGGUUUUUAACCAAUCUUAGCGAAUUAACACGGUUGGAACUAGCUUAUAAUCCGUUCAAGCCUAGCCCUCUGCCUAAAGACAUUGGCAAUUUAUCAAAGCUCGAGAAUUUGUUUCUUGCCUCCACGAAUCUCAACGGUGAAAUUCCAGACUCGAUUGGGAAGCUUUGGUCGUUAUACAAUCUCGACUUGUCAAACAAUUUCAUCACUGGCAAGAUUCCUGUUAGCAUUUCCCAAUUGAAAAGCAUAGAACAAAUAGAGCUCUUCAACAAUCAACUAUACGGUGAGUUACCUGAAAGUUUGUCAAAUUUGACUUCUUUGCUUAAAUUUGAUGCUUCACAAAACAACCUCACCGGAAACUUACCAGAAAAGAUCGCAGCAAUGCAACUUCAAUCGUUGAAUUUAAACGACAACCACUUCACCGGAGAAAUCCCUGAGGUUUUGGCUUUGAAUCCAAAUCUAUCUGAAUUAAAAAUCUUCAACAACAGCUUUACUGGGAAAUUACCUGCUAAUCUUGGCCGGUACUCCGAUUUGGAAAAUUUUGAUGUUUCCACCAAUAAUUUUUCCGGCGAGUUGCCGCAAUACCUCUGCCACAGGAAUAAGCUUCAAACCGUUAUCACUUUUCGCAACCGUUUCUCUGGUAGUUUGCCUGAGACCUUGAGUGAAUGUAGCAGUUUAAAUUAUGUGAGGAUUGCCGAUAAUGAGCUCUCUGGUCCUGUUCCAAUCAAGUUCUGGGGUCUCCAUACAUUUCUUCUUGAAUUAUCCAAUAACAAAUUUGAAGGUCCAAUUUCUCCUUCAAUAUCUGGUGCUCGAGGACUAACUCGACUCUUAAUCUCUGGCAACAACUUUUCUGGCAAAUUACCGGCGGAAAUGUGUGAAUUGCAUGAGGUCAUCGAGAUCAAUUUGGGUCGUAAUCAAUUCGAAGGUGAAUUGCCUUCAUGUAUAACUGAAUUGAAGAAGUUGCAGAAGCUCGACAUGCAAGAAAAUAUGUUUUCCGGGGAGAUUCCAAGUUCAGUGGGUUCAUUGCGUGAUUUAACUGAAUUGAAUUUAUCAAGAAAUCGGCUUUGUGGCAAGAUUCCGCCGGGACUCGGUAACUUGCCGGUUUUGACUUGUUUAGAUCUUUCCGAUAACUUGCUCAUCGGUGAAAUUCCAAUGGAGUUGACGAAGUUGAAGCUUAAUGAGUUCAAUGUAUCUGAUAACAGGUUAUACGGGAAAGUGCCUUCCAUUUUCACUAAUGCACUGUACUUACCGAGUUUACUGGGUAACCCGGAUCUGUGUAGUCCGGAUUUUAAACCGCUCCCUCCAUGCUCCAAACCUGAACCCGCCACCUUGUACACUGUGGCCAUUUUGGCUAUCUGCGUUUUAAUUUUUGUUGGGUCUCUCAUAUGGUUCUUCAAAGCCAAGACCUUGUUUGUGAGAAAACCGAAACCCCCAUACAAAGUCACUGCAUUCCAACGGGUCGGGUUCACCGAGGAAGAUAUAUUUCCAUUAUUAACAAAACAGAAUCUAAUCGGGUCAGGCGGGUCAGGUCAAGUUUACAAAGUUACGCUCAAAACAGGACAGAUUGUCGCAGUGAAGAGGCUGAGGGGAGGAACCCAGAAACCAGAAACAGAAUCCGCGUUCAGAUCAGAAGUGGAGACACUGGGUCGAGUGCGGCAUGGCAAUAUCGUGAAGUUGUUGAUGUGUUGCAGUGGAGAGGAGUUCAGAAUUCUGGCGUAUGAGUACAUGGUGAACGGGAGCUUAGGAGACGUGUUGCAUGGAGAGAAAGGUGGCGGUUUACUGAAUUGGCCCAGGCGGUUCGCGGUGGCUUUGGGUGCAGCACAGGGCUUGGCUUAUUUGCACCAUGAUUGUGUACCGCCUAUUGUGCAUAGGGAUGUGAAGAGCAACAACAUCUUGUUGGACGAGCAGAUGAGACCAAAGGUGGCAGAUUUUGGGUUGGCUAAGACGUUGCAGAGUGAGGUAGGUGAGAGUGAUGUGGCUAUGUCUCGGAUCGCUGGGUCCUAUGGCUACAUUGCUCCAGAGUAUGCUUAUACGCUUAAAGUGACAGAAAAGAGUGAUGUGUACAGCUUUGGAGUGGUGUUAAUGGAGUUGAUCACCGGGAAAAGGCCGAUUGACUCUUGCUUUGGUGAGAAUAAGGAUAUAGUGAAGUGGGUUACCGAGGCAACGUUAUCAUCAUUGCCUGAACAAGCAAGUGAAAAUGACAGCGGUACUUGCUGCACUGGAGAUCACCUAAAAGAGAUCAUAGAUCCAAAGAUGGACCAAUCAACAUGUAAUUUUGAAGAAAUUGAAAAGGUUUUGAAUGUAGCUCUUCUUUGCACAUCAGCAUUUCCCAUUAACAGGCCCUCCAUGAGAAGGGUAGUUGAAUUGCUCAAGGACCAGAAAUUUGCUCGUCCUAAGUAUGAUGCUUACGAGAAUUGUUAGACAGCAGACAGAGACCCCAUAGCCAGUAGGACUGGUAAUGGCAAUUAGUAACUUUUUAUCAAAUUUUCAACUACAAUUAUGCCGCCUUGUGCUUGGCUCAGAAGCAAAGGUGGACAUCAGGAUAUGGCACCUGCUUAUAUUGACAUGUUUAAUUAAGCUGCACAUGUGCGUCUUUUAAUUAA